CAUCUGGGGCAUUUCUCCCUCUCCUCUCCUGCGGUGGUUCGAGGGGGCUGUCUCUCUUUGAUUGAAUCCAGCUGUUGUCAGAAGUGCUCGAGGACCUGUCCCGGUCAUUUGCAUUGCUAAACUAUCUGUACAGUUUAGAGAGACGGGGGAAAUAGACCAGACCGUUUUUUAAAAGACAUUCCCCGUAAGGUGAGGCGUAUAUCAAGGCUUCGGUCGACUAGACUAGCUGUUUAUCAAAUCCUGGUGUAGGUUUUUUUCACGUAGUCUGGGCGGUGUGACUGGCGAGAGUAGCCCACCACAUGCGCAUUGGAUUUUCGACUUCACAACAGUAGCAAAGUGUUUUAAAAACCUUUCUUGCCACAAAUUAUCCACGGGUCUUCUGAGUUAAUCGGCAGGAUCCAUAGACCAUGUUUUCGGACAUACGUGGCUUGAAUGUCCGGACUUACGCAAGAAUGUUGACAGUUGUGGUGUUGGCAUUAUGUAGCAUCCACUCCGGAUAUGGCCAGACCUGCACAGAGGGGUUCGCCUAUGAUCGCAGGGCAAGAGUAUGUGUUGACAUUGAUGAGUGUCGUACGGUACCAGACGCCUGCAGAGGGGACAUGCAGUGCGUGAACCAAAACGGAGGCUAUCUCUGCAUCCCCCGGGGGCUGUACAACCAGCCUACCUACCCCCGGGGUGGUGAAGGAGGAGGAGGAGGGGCAGGCAGGUCCCAGGCCACCUACCCAGACACCUCCCUGGGCUUCCCAGAACCAGACUCCUACCCUCUCCAACCCCCUCCAGGCCCCCCCGUGGCCCCCAGCUACCCCGUCGUAAGCCGCUCCGCUCCCUGCCUUCUGGGAUACACCCUGGCAGAAGAUGGGACCUGUCGUGACAUGGAUGAGUGUGAGACAGACUCCCACCAGUGUAACCCCACCCAGGUGUGUAUCAACACAGCUGGAGGAUACACCUGCUCCUGUACCGAGGGCUACUGGCUGGUCGGGGGACAGUGUCAGGACAUUGAUGAGUGUCGCUACGGGUACUGCCAGCAGCUGUGUGCCAACGUGCCAGGCUCCUAUUCGUGCUCCUGCAACCCUGGCUUCCUCCUCAACCCUGACAGCAGAACCUGUCAAGACGUGGACGAGUGUGAGGAUAACCCCUGUGCCCACGGCUGUUUCAACACCUACGGCUCCUACAUGUGUAGCUGUGAAGAGGGAUUUGAGCUGGCUUCUGACGGCACCACCUGCAAUGACCUGGACGAGUGUGGUUUCUCAGAGUUUCUGUGUCAGCACCGUUGUGUGAACACCCCAGGGUCCUUCCAGUGUCACUGCCCAGCGGGAUACUAUCUUUAUGAGGAUGGGAGGAGCUGUGAAGAUAUCAAUGAAUGUGAGACUGGUAACAACACGUGUACAACAGCACAAGUAUGUUUCAAUUUCCAGGGAGGCUAUACAUGCUUGGAUCUGCUAAAAUGUGAUCCACCGUACGUUGAACUCAGUGACAAUCAGUGUAUGUGUAGUGCUGAGAACCCAGCUUGUAGAGACAGGCCCUUCACCAUCCUUUACCGUCACAUGGACCUGUCCUCAGGCCGCAGCGUCCCAGCAGACAUCUUCCAGAUGCAGGCCACUACCAGAUACCCUGGAGCUUUCUACAUCUUCCAGAUCAAAGGACCGGGCAACGAGGGACGAGAGUUCUACAUGAGGCAAACCAGUAACGUGAGUGCCACUCUGGUCCUGUCUCGGCCCAUCAAGGGUCCCAGGGAGCUGGUCCUGGAUCUGGAGAUGGUAACCGUUAACAACGUCAUCAACUUCAGAGGCAGCAGUAUCAUACGGCUGACGAUAUACGUGUCUGAGCAUCCUUACUGAGGCCCACUCCCCCUGACCUUUAACCCCUGACCUCUGACCAAUCACUACGUCCGGUCCAACUCUCACAAAACCCGAAGUAUACCUUCCUAGAUUCCUAUACUCUCCAAAUCUCCCGAUCUUCCAGCAGGCAGCUCCACUCCGCUUCCCUCCCGUUCUGUGGACCACUACAACUGCCGUGUCAAUAAACUGUUACCUGUUGGUUACCUGUUGGUUACCUGUUGGUUACCUGUUGGUUACCUGUCGGUUACCUGUCGGUUACCUGUCGGUUACCUGUCGGUUACCUGUCGGUUACCUGUCGGUUACCUGUUGUUAUAGGAGACGGGGGGGCACCUUCCUCUCCAUUUCACCACCUCCCUUCCCCACAUCAGACUGUUACUGGACUGUACAUUAUGGUGCUAAGGAUCUAUCCACACAGAAGG